GACUGGCAAGUCUGGGAGCAGACCCCAUUCCUGUUGAAAGUGGAGGCCAUGGCCUACGUGCUCCUGCAGAAGCUUCAGCUCCGACUCCACAACGAGACUCACACCUUCGCCAAGUGGCUCCUGGAGGCCAGGGAGCUGGGAGGAGGCUUCAGGUCCACCCAGACUACCGUGGUAGCUAUGGAGGCGCUGACCCGUUACCGCCAGGAAGUCCCCUUCGAGGGUGACCAGGACCUCCAUGUACGCAUCAGCGUCCCCAAGAGAGCCUUGACCGUGGAGUGGGCCAUCGAUCAGAGCAAUGCCUACCAGCAGCGCACAGCCAAGUUCUCCGCCCUGGAUGACCUGGAGAUUCAAGCCAGUGGCAGAGGGACUGGCACCAUCUCGAUCCUGACCAUAUACCACAGGUCUCCUGAGGCCGGAGAAGACACUUGCAACCUUUUCCACCUAAACGUGACCAUCACCCGCACCGAGAAACAGAGCAGGACCGGGGAAGAGACCUACCAGCUGCGGAUGAGAACAAGGUUCCAAGGAGAACAUGAUGCAACCAUGAGCAUUAUCGAGGUUACUCUGCUCACCGGCUUCUACCCCAACCAGGAGGAUCUCAAACAGCUCACCAGCGAGGUGGAGAUGUAUGCCUUCCAGUAUGAGAACAGGCCGAGCUCCAACAACAGCGCAGUGGUGCUCUACCUGGAGAAGGUCUCUAACAAGGAAGAUACCGUGUUGGGCUUCCGGGUGCACCGGCUGCUGCAGGUGGACUUCCUGCAGGCCGCCCAGGUCACCAUCUACGACUACUACGAGCCCUCCCGGAGGUGCAGCACCUUCUACAAUCUGCCACAAGAGCGAUCUUCUCUGCGCAAAAUCUGCCACAAAGAGGCCUGCCGCUGUGCGGAAGAGCAGUGCCCAGCCCUGAGGGACAGCAGGCAGAUGAGCAAGGAGGAACUCCAGGUGGCAGCGUGUGAAGCCGGUGUGGACUUUGUAUACAAAGUGAGGCUGGAGGAUGUGGAGACCUCAGUCACCAGCCCAUACAUCUACUACAACAUGCAACUCGAAACAGUCAUCAAAACUGGCUCGGAUGCUGCCAAGCCCCUCAGCUGGAAGAAAUUUGUCUCCCAUGCCACUUGCCAAGAUGCAUUGGAGCUCCAAGAACAUGAGACGUACCUCAUCAUGGGCCGUGUGACUGACUUAUGGAGGAUCCAAUCCGACUACACCUAUGUCCUGACCAAGGACACGUUCAUCAUGCAUUGGCCGGCCAAGGAGGAUGCAGACAAGAAGGACUCACUGGCAGAGCUGGAGGGGUUCUCAGAAUAUACACAAGUCCAUGGCUGCAAGACCUGAGCCCUCAACCCCACUGGGUCUGGACGCCCCAGGGUAGUGGCUCCACAAUCACCAGAUUUCCUGUAUUUAUAUCUCAAUCAAAAACCCCA